AUGUGCACUAAAGCAGAGAAGGUCGUACUGGCAGCCUAUCAGUUGAGGGGGAUCGCAGCCACAUGGUGGAAGGCUAAUAAAGGGAUAGUGUUUCCUGAGGGUGUGGCUCCAGAGUGGAAUGCGUUUCUGGAGGUCUUUAAUGAGAAGUACUUUUCUGAUUGUGCUAGAGAGUUGAAGAUGGCGGAGUUCCAGCGCCUUCGUCAAGGUAUGAUGACAGUCGAUGAGUAUGAAGCUAAGUUCGUUGAACUGUCGCAGUAUGCCCCUGAGUUAGUUCAGAAACCGGCAGACCGAGCUCGAAGGUUUAGAGACGGGCUUCGGCCGGAGGUGAGGAGCUUUUUGGUACCAUUAGAUCUGAAGGAGUACAAGGACCUUUAUAAGCGGGCCCAGCUGAUUGAGAAAGACCAGAAUGAGAGAGCUGUUGCAUCUGGAUUGCAGUUUAAUUCGAACAGAGAAGGUAAUCGGUUUGGGAAGAGGCCGAUGUUUGGAGGAAGAUAUCCUGUUCCACUCAACAUGAAGGGUGGGAUAGGGAAACCAUCACCGAACCAUCAUGGAGUGUGUCGUUCAUGUGGAAGACAACAUGAUUCGGCCCCAUGUCCCUCUAGGAUAGGUGCUUGUUAUGAGUGUGGCCAGCAGGGUUAUAUAUCCAGGAAUUGCCCCAGGAAUCAGAUGGGAUAG